UCGCGCAAGUUGCAACUGGCUGCUUGCGACGGGGGGUCAAUUCUGUAUUUCUAAAGAAGUGAAAAUGUGAAAAGUCAGUAACAGUGAUUGGUAUAUAUUGUUAAUUCUAAAAGUAUACACCAAUCAGUGCAGACAAUGCUCCUCAUUUUUCAUAUUUUCAUUUUCUUCAGAAAUACAGAAUCGACCUCCUGUAGACAGGAUUCAAAGUCUCAAAAUCAGUCAAUUCCAAGUCCAUUAGCAUAUUGCUAUGGUUGUCAUAGAAUGAGAGAAUAGUUAUAUUACAAAAACGUGAUAUUUGUUCGACAUGUCGAUUGAUCAUAGCGGGAAAGGUUACACUCCUCUUCCACAAAGUAUAAGUAAUACUGAUACCGAAGAUGAAGAGGAACAUUUAACUCAAUUUAACGAUGCUGCUUAUAAGGUUGACAAUACUGCGAUAGUGGAAUUACAUUCAGUUUGUGAAAAUGGCAUAUUUUAUCCACUGGAUGAAACACAAAAUCUAGAUAAUAACACAAGAAACAGACAAAAUAUAAUCAAAUAUUAUCGGGAUGAUAUACCAAUAAUGGUAAUGGAAGGAAACGAGCAAAAUGAUUUUUGGAAAAGAAAAGAUACGUCGCCAAUGAAGCGUUUUUGCUUAUUUGUAUCCAUAUUAUUAUGCAUUAUUAUAAUAGUAAUUUUUUUGUAUGUAUUACCUUGUGACAGUUCAAUAGUUUGUUCAUCAAUUAUUGAACCACAUUCAUCUAUAUCGUGGGAUAAAACUUUGCAAGAUGUAGAAAUAUAUGGACCCAUUACUGUAGUAUCUGGAUCUCCAUAUAAUCUAAUAUUUCUUCUUCAUGGUGAACAAUAUACAAAAAAUGAUACAAGAAAGGGAAUAAUUCAUCAGAGACAAAUACCUCCAGAAGGAGGAGGAGUCAUAUCAAUGCAAGGAAGUAAUGGAUUACCAUUAUGGCUGGUUCCAUUAAAACGAUUACCUACUAUUAUAGAUUGUACUAGUAUUGAUAUCGAUCAAUCUGGAAAACCCGAUUGUAUUGUUGUUGGUAAACAAGGGCUGCUUAUUAGUAUAGAACCGAUUGCUGGAACAAUUCAUUGGAGCUCCAUAACUCGCACAGUUUCCAAAUUACCUGUUAUUAUACCAGACAUUGAUGCGGAUAAUAUUGAAGAUUUGUUAAGUAUAGGAGUAAAUGAUGCAAAUAUAUCAUCCCUUGUUUUUCUGUCUGGCAAGACUGGUCAAUUAUUGAAGCGUCAUACAAUUAAUAAUUGUAUCUCUAUUGACAUAUAUAAUCUUGUUUCUAAUGGCAAUAUAUCUUAUGAAUGUUACGAUGACAAUGAAAAACAUGUAACAAGAUUCAUGUCUUUAAAAGAAUUGUUUCAUAAUUUAAAGAUAACACAAACAAAUAAGAAAUUUGCCAUAGAAUCAGCGGCAUUACCUCGAUUAUUUAAAAUAAUCAAACCAUAUGAUGAUAAAUAUAGUUGGAAGCUUACACCUUAUCAUCAUUUAACUAUGGAAAAUGAAGGAAUAUGUCCAGGACAAUUUUGCCGCACUAAUAUAAAUUUAACAUUGCAGACAUUAACAAAUAAAUCGAUAAUAAUAUGGGAUUAUGUGAGUUUAAACACAUUUGCAUCGAAGCCAGAAUUCUUUGUGGCUUCAAGUAAAUCUUACGCUUCUGGAUUUGCCAUUAAGUUCUGGCAGUGGAUGGAUUUGCCAUCUAAACGCAUGGAAGAAGCAAGUGUUACGGAACAAAUAUUUGUAGAAAGAGUUCUUAUCGUUUUUGUGAAUUACACAGAUAUUCAUACUAUUAAUGCUAGUCAAUAUAAUGUAAUACAAUUGUGUUCUAAAUUUAACUGUCAACCAAAUUUAAAUUUGCGAAAACAAUUUACUUCCAUCAAAGUCAAAUAUAUCAAUAAUAAUGACUUUCCCGAACUGAUAAGUUAUUGGUCUUCAUGUAAUACAGAUUCAAUGAAAACAUUAAUAUCAAAGGUACAAGUUAUAAAGCUGGAUUCUGUAAUGUACAGUUUAAUACGCGGAAAUGUUUAGUUUUAUCGUAAAAUUUUUAUGUUUAAUGUUCAAAAUGUAAUUAUAUUUGUAUUCCAUUACUUAAUGAUAGGUUAGUCUACGAUUAUAAAUUAUUGGAUAAAAGAUAAUUUGUGACAAAUGUUUUUACAAAUAGAAUAUUAAAUUAAUUAUUAAUCAAUUUAUUCAAGAGAGAUAUAAAUUUUACUAACUUCUUUUAAAUGUUCUUUAGAAUAUAAAUUAAAAUGUCACGUAUGUUCUAUAUUUUAGGAACGUUUUCCUAUCGAUCAAACAAGAGUUAAUGUAACCAUAUAUAUAAACGCUUAGUAUUUGAAGAGGAAAAAGGUAAGAAAGGUCCCAAGUGUUUUUUUUUUUUAAGAAAAAAUCACAAAAUCCAAGAUAAUACUUUUCAUCAAAUUUAAUCUAGUGAUAUAUACCUCAUGGAUCGGUCCGUACAAAAUAAUAGAAAAACGUAACGAUGUUAAUUACACUAUAAAAGCGGGACGGAAAACUAUAUUUGCGUACACGCAAAUUGCUUAAAAGUAGUUAUUGAGAUAUAAAAUAACUCGUCAAAAAACAGCUCCAAGCCUUAUCCCAAAAGAAUAAUCCAUGGCACACAAAAAACUACACUAGAUUACUAUUACUACACAAAAUCACUAUACUACUUAAAACUAUGCACUACUACACUAUCAAGGUCUGUAGACGAACGACGGGAGGGGAAAAAAGGUUUUCCCACUCAUAUUUAGUCAUUUGGCCCCAAAAUAGCUGGGGCCAAUACGAUGUAUAAAUUCCACCUUCCCCACAUUCAACUUUUACUACUACUCAUUCACUCUUCUCGUACAAUAAACAUUACACAUACACUUUAUGGCCACAAAAUGGCGCUCAUGCGAAGACCUCCCCCCCCCGUCGUUCAUUUACACACCUUGUACACUACUAAGUAAAAAAAAAUGGAGGGGAAUUCCAGUCAAUGACUGAAGUCACUAACAAACGUACUAUGAGAUUCAACCGAAAUCCUCGAAUACCCAACAUAUUUUUAAAAAAACACAUAACACCCUAAACUUGCGUAAAUAGACUACGUAAUGGCGAUACUCCGUGAAGCUACUUCAAUUAGACCGCAAGGACUCUAUCUUCUGACAGCCGUGCGAAAUUACGAAUGAUUGAAAAUAGAAAAACUCAUAAGUGUUAACGCGUACUGCGACCAAACUAACAUGUAUACUAUACUAUACUAAAAUUUCCGCUAGCGAGUUUACCAAUAUACAAAUUAAUGCGACCGUUACCCGUACACAACUAUAACAACAUAUUCUCCUCUGUAAAAAUAAACAUCGAAUACCUAACAAUAAACCCGGAAAAGCAAAUGUAUGUCACCAUGAGCGAAAACGACACGCGAAAAUGUAAUGUAAUAAAUACAAAACGCAUACAAAUCGACACACGUAGUGAAUAAGAUAAACGCGAACGCGAUAUGUGAAGUUCAAAUGUAUCUGCACGACCACAACAAAGAUUGUAAUAUGAAAUACAACAGCACAAAUAAUUUAUACCUAAGAAAAAUAUUAAUACUCUCAUUUAAUAGUGUUAAAUGUAUUACAAGUCACUAAAGAAUAGUAAUAAUGUUUUAGUUUGUAUAAUAAUAUUUAUUCUUAUAAUUAGCACAAAAUAUUUAGAUAUUAUUUUUGUAGAGAAGUUGAAUUUGAUGAAAAGUAUUAUGUUGGAUUUGUGAUUUUUUUCUUUAAAGGAAAAUAUCACUUAGAUUAAAUUUGAUGAAAAGUAUUAUCUUGAAUUUGUGAUUUUUUCCUUACAGGAAGAUAUCACUUAGGUUAAAUUUAAUGAAAAGUAUUAUUUUGGAUUUUGUGAUUUUUUGCUUAAAGAAAAAUCACACACUUAGGUCGGUAUUCAUAGUCGAAUCUUAUUUUAAGAUCGUCUCAAGUAAUAUCUUAAGAUGCUAAUACGACUAUGAUUGGUUGAUGGCAUCUUAAGACUGUACUUAAGAUGAUCUUAAACAUAAGAAUCGACUAUGAAUACCGGCCUUAACAUUUUUUUCACCUUUUUUAAAAAGGUAAUUUUGUUUGGAUAUCACACAUUUUGUAGUGUUCAUAGAUCAUUUAGAUUGAAUUUGGUUAAAUUCAACCUAAUUCAACCUAAAUAUACUAAGUGUGGUCUUCAAUAAAUAUGUGUUUAAUGCAUUAUACAAAUCUUAAUUAUAAUUUUAUUAAUGUGUCCCUGCAAUUUAUUGUUUAUUUGUCUUAAUGUAACAUUGUUGAAAUUUGUGUCUUACCACAUAAAAUAAAAAUUUUAAAUCAUAU